GGCCUCGAGAGUUCCUGCUGCCCGCCCCUCCUCCGUCCCGGCCACAGCGCGCCUGCGCAGUGGGGGUUGCUGCUCUGAGUGUGUGUGGGUCUCUCUCGCCAUGUUGUUGUUUCUACGUGGAAUGAGCAUUCCAUGUGUCCUCCUAGGCUUGAAUGAAGUGGCCUGGCAGGAGACCAGAGGAAUGAUGCAUGCGAACAUUGGUCAGGAAGCCAGUGGGGUUGGAAUAGGGGUUGCCCCAGCUGGAACAGUAGGUGGAGCAACAGCAGGGCCAGGGCCUGGAACUUCAGGGCCCAGUUCAGGUGGAAACAAUCCUCACACCAUCCCUACAGCUGCAGUGUCAGGUGCUUUCAAUGUCCAGGUACCCCUCAGUGGACGGUCUCAGGAUGAUGCCACAGUUGGAUAUUUCUUCCAGAGGCAGGCUGGUGAGCAGUUGAGUGGCUACUCCAGCAAACAUCGCUGGCCCACAGGAGAUAGCAUUCAUGUAGAUCAUUCGGUUCGAUCUGUGGAUGAGAUGAAUCAUGAGUUUCAAGCUCUUGCACUAGAAUCUCGGGGAAUGGGAGAGCUGUUACCUGCCAAAAAGUUUUGGGAACCUGAUGAUUCAGCAAAAGAUGGACAAAAAGGGAUAUUCCUUGGUGAUGAGUGGAGAGAGACUGCAUGGGGAACUCCUCACCAUUCUAUGUCCCAGCCUAUUAUGGUACAGAGAAAGCCUGGACAGGGUUUUCAUGGAAACAGUGAAGUAAAUGCUGUAUUGUCUCCUCGAUCAGAAAGUGGUGGCCUUGGAGUGAGCAUGGUAGAAUAUGUGUUAAGUUCCUCUCCAGCAGAUAAAUUGGAUUCCCGGUUUAGGAAAGGAGCUUUUGGCACUAGAGAUGCUGAAACAGAUGGACCUGAGAAAGGAGAUCAGAAAGGAAAGGCUUCUCCAUUUGAGGAGGACAAAAACAGAGAUCUUAAACAAGGAGAUGAUGAGGAUGUUACUAAAAUAAAUGGCAGAGGUUUGCCAAAUGGAAUGGAUGCCGAUUGCAAAGAUUUUAAUCGUACUCCUGGAAGCCGACAAGCCUCCCCAACAGAAGUAGCUGAGCGCCUGGGUCCUAACCCUAACUCCACAGAAGGAUUAGGUCCGCUUUCCAAUCCUGCAACCCACAAACCUCUGGUAGAAGAUUUUUCAAACCCAGAAACUCAGAAUCUGGAUGCCAUGGAACAAGUUGGUCUUGAUUCUUUACAGUUUGACUAUCCUGGCAACCAGGUACAAAUGGACUCCUCAGGAGCUACUGUAGGACUUUUUGACUACAGUUCUCAGCAGCAGCUUUUCCAGAGGACUAAUGCGCUAACUGUCCAGCAGUUAACAGCAGCCCAGCAGCAACAGUAUGCACUGGCUGCAGCUCAGCAGCCGCACAUAGCAGGGGUGUUCUCAGCAGGCUUGGCUCCAGCUGCUUUUGUGCCAAACCCGUACAUUAUCAGUGCUGCUCCUCCAGGUACUGACCCAUACACUGCAGCAGGGUUAGCUGCAGCAGCAACACUAGCAGGUCCGGCAGUGGUCCCUCCUCAGUAUUAUGGAGUUCCAUGGGGAGUAUAUCCAGCCAAUUUAUUUCAGCAGCAAGCUACAGCUGCAAACACCACAGCAAAUCAACAGGCAGCAUCACAAGCACAAGGACAGCAACAGGUUCUGCGUGCUGGAGCAAGUCAGCGCCCUCUUACUCCCAAUCAGGGUCAGCAAGGGCAACAGGCAGAGUCACUUGCAGCAGCUGCGGCCGCAAAUCCAGCUUUGGCUUUUGGUCAGGGUCUUGCUACAGGCAUGCCAGGCUAUCAAGUACUAGCCCCUACUGCCUAUUAUGAUCAGACUGGUGCCUUAGUAGUAGGCCCUGGAGCAAGAACUGGCCUUGGAGCACCAGUCAGAUUGGUGGCCUCAACUCCUGUUAUAAUUAGUUCUGCAGCAGCACAAGCAGCUGCAGCAGCUUCAGCUGGAGGAACAGCAAACAAUCUCGCGGGAGCCACGAACGGUCUAUUUCGGCCACUUGGUGCCCAACCACAACAGCCGCAGCAGCAAACAAAUAGUAGUCUACAAUCUAAUUCAUUUUAUGGCAGUAAUUCUUUGACCAAUAACUCCCAGAGCAGUUCCCUUUUUUCACAUGGUCCUGGCCAACCAGGAAGUACAUCUCUUGGCUUUGGAAGUAGCAGCUCCUUAGGAGCAGCUAUCGGCUCUGCACUUGGUGGAUUUGGCUCAUCAGUUGGCAGUUCUGCAAGUAGUAGUGCCACAAGGAGAGAUUCUCUAUCUACUAGCUCUGACUUGUACAAAAGAUCUAGUAGCAGCCUAGCACCCAUAGGGCAGCCAUUUUACAAUAGUCUGGGAUUUUCCUCCUCUCCAAGUCCAAUAGGCAUGCCUCUGCCAAGCCAAACUCCAGGACAUUCACUUACGCCACCGCCAUCACUUUCAUCACAUGGAUCCUCAUCCAGUUUGCAUUUAGGAGGGCUGACAAAUGGUAGUGGUCGCUACAUCUCUGCAGCACCUGGAGCAGAAGCAAAGUAUCGCAGUGCCACGAGUACCUCCAGUCUUUUUAGCUCCAGCAGCCAACUCUUCCCUCCUUCACGUCUUCGUUAUAGUAGGUCUGAUAUUAUGCCCUCUGGACGCAGUAGGUUGCUGGAAGAUUUCAGAAAUAAUCGCUUCCCUAACCUUCAACUAAGAGACCUUGUUGGACAUAUAGUUGAAUUUUCUCAAGACCAGCAUGGUUCGAGAUUUAUACAGCAAAAGCUAGAACGAGCUACUCCAGCUGAGCGCCAGAUGGUAUUUGCUGAGAUUCUGCAAGCAGCGUAUCAGUUGAUGACUGAUGUAUUUGGAAACUAUGUAAUACAGAAAUUCUUUGAGUUUGGAAGCCCGGAACAAAAGUUAGCCCUAGCAACACGCAUACGUGGUCAUGUUCUGCCAUUAGCCCUACAGAUGUAUGGUUGUCGGGUUAUUCAGAAAGCAUUAGAAUCUAUCUCACCUGACCAGCAGGUAAUUAAUGAAAUGGUGAAAGAGUUGGAUGGUCAUGUUCUGAAAUGUGUGAAAGAUCAAAAUGGAAACCAUGUUGUACAAAAAUGUAUUGAAUGUGUCCAGCCACAGUCACUCCAGUUCAUCAUUGAUGCUUUCAAAGGACAGGUGUUUGUGCUUUCAACUCAUCCGUAUGGCUGCAGAGUAAUUCAGCGUAUUCUGGAGCACUGCACUGCUGAGCAGACUUUGCCCAUCUUAGAAGAAUUGCAUCAACACACAGAACAGCUUGUGCAGGAUCAAUAUGGAAAUUAUGUUAUCCAACAUGUGCUGGAGCAUGGUCGUCCUGAAGACAAAAGUAAAAUAGUUUCAGAAAUAAGAGGAAAAGUUCUAGCUCUGAGUCAGCACAAAUUUGCCAGCAAUGUGGUAGAAAAAUGUGUAACUCACGCAUCUCGUGCUGAAAGAGCUUUACUUAUUGACGAGGUUUGUUGUCAGAACGAUGGUCCUCACAGUGCCUUAUACACCAUGAUGAAGGACCAGUAUGCCAACUAUGUCGUUCAGAAGAUGAUUGAUAUGGCUGAACCGGCACAGCGGAAGAUUAUAAUGCACAAGAUUCGACCCCACAUUACAACUCUGCGUAAAUAUACCUAUGGCAAACACAUACUGGCCAAGUUAGAGAAAUAUUACCUGAAGAACAGUGCUGAUCUGGGGCCAAUCGGAGGACCACCAAAUGGGAUGCUGUAAAAGACCAGACAUACAGGCAGCAACUUGAAUAAAAGAAAAAUUUCAUUGUGAAUUAUCAAAACCCACAACUUAACUAUAAAUGUUCUGAUUUUUUUAAAUCUAUUUAUUGACUCUGUUCAUCCAUUUGUAAAAUUUUUAUUGUUCUUGUGUAUAUUUUUGGGGAGUGAAUUAUAAAAUAUCUCCAGCCCUGGCCCGGAGACCUAUCAGAUUGAACUGCUGACAAAGCACAGAAUGCCUGUAUAUGAUGUAAUUGUAUCAAAAUAGCUGUCACAUAUUUUGUAAAUUUUUACCUUGUAAAGUCACUGAAAAAUAGUUUUUAAAGGGAAAAAGUACAUUAUUCUUUUAAUACACUGGCUUGCAAUCUGGUAGGUCUACCCACUAUCACAGCACAACAGGUUUCUAGAGUUGUAAAUAGAAUGUCUUCCCCCCUUCCCCUCCCCCCUCUGUGUGGAGUCUUUUAUAUCAGAUUAAAAUUGAUCAACUGCAUAAAUAUUAUUUAACGUUACAGAAAGUUAAGUUGUAUUUUGGUGGUUCACAACAUAUCCAAAUAGAAAAAAGGGCAUGGCAAACUAAAGUAGGGAUUGACAAAACCAUGGGAACUUUAAAGACAAGCAUCCAUCAUUUGCUGUGGCCAUGAUUUUUUUAGAAAUGCAAUGCCCUAAUAUUUUCUCUAGCAAUGUAUUAAAAAAAAAAAAAAGUGAUGUGUAUAUACUUAUAUAUUGUUGUACAAGGUAGAGGAAUAAAAUCAUGGUGGUACUUCCAUACAAUAAAGUACUGUCUGAAUAGAGAAUAAUCCUGCAUUAACUUUACAUUCAGUUUCGCAGUGCGGGAAGAGUAGAGUUUUGUAUUUUUUUUAUUUGCAUAUAGAAUUGUAAGACAUGAUUUGAAAGUGUUGAGCAUUUAUUUUGCUUUCUCACAGUAGAUGCAAAAAAUUAGGUAUUGAUAGAGGAGAAAAGGGGCCACUGAACAGUAAACUUGAUAGCUCAACAUGUAAGCAUGAUUAAAUAUUCAGAUAGCUUUUUUGCUUCCUAUAAAUAUAUGCAUUGUAUACGUGUAGUUAAUAGGUGUAAGUUUACAGUUUGAAAACAAAUCUCUUGUUUCGAUGUUUAUUACAAGCCUUGCUAAUUUAGUAGUGAUGCUUACUUUGGUUGUACAGAUGUACAUUUGUAAACCUUCAUGCUGUAAAUGUAAUUUGUUUUACCCCCUUUGGGGACAAAAAUUUGCAUUUUAGUGUAUAUUCAUAUCCCCCUCCCCUCUUUGCCUUGGCAUAUAGUGUUGUAUAAUGUAAAUUUAUUUCAACAAAUCAAGAGUGAUUUUUUAAAAAUUCUAUCUUUAUAUGGUUUCAGAAAUAUGAACCAGCUUUCUUUUUAUCUAUUGUGAGAAACAUUAUGUUUUCUUUAUAACAUAGCUGUUGAUUCUGUUAAUAUGGACAUUUUGGGAAAUGAAUCAGUUGAAAAUUUAAGUCAGGAUAAUAAGAAUAGUAAGCAAGAAAUGGACUGAAAUAUUUGGUUACCCGAGAAACCAAUGCUUCUUCCAUCUUAAUAAAUGUGGCAUGAUUUUUUUGUACAGAAGAGUACUGUAUUUUUGAAUAGCCUACUCCCAACC